AUGAUCCUCGCCGUCGCUGCUCGCACCUCCGUCCGCCAGGGAACUCGCGCUUUCCGCACUUCUGCCGUCGCUCGCUCAGCUGGCCACGGAGAAUACCACCACCUUCCUUUCGCAUUACCCACAACGAAGGCCCAGAAGACCGCCUUUGCCCUCAAACUCACUGCCUUCGCAGCCGUUGGCAUUGCUAUUCCCGUCCUCUCUUCCAUUUACCAAAUGAAAAAGACCGCGGGUGCCGCCUAAACACCUUCUACAUACUAUUAAUUUUCGCGAGAGCGUUCAAUACACGAGGCAUCUACUUUUUACUCUGUCACUGGCGGUGGCGUCCCCAGCCUGUUUCCUUGUUCCAUUCUUUGGGAAAUCACACCCGAUUCACCAUCAA